GGCGCGGGGCCGGGCCGGGCGGCUCCCAGCGCGACUUCCUGUUGUGCCUGCGCCGGGCCGCCGCCGCCGCUGCCGCCCGGCACCCCUCGCCGGCUCCCCGCGGCCCGGCGCGAAGCCGCCCAUGGAUUUCACUUAGGGUGGCGGCAUGGCGGCGCAGUGCUGCUGCCGCAAGGCGCCCGGCGCCGAGGCCGCGCCCGCCCGCCCGCCGCCGGAGCCGCCGCCCGCCCUGGACGUGGCCUCGGCCUCCAGCGCGCAGCUCUUCCGCCUCCGCCACCUGCAGCUGGGCCUGGAGCUGCGGCCCGAGGCGCGCGAGCUGGCCGGCUGCCUGGUGCUCGAGCUGUGCGCGCUGCGGCCCGCGCCCCGCGCGCUCGUGCUCGACACGCACCCGGCCCUGCGCCUGCACUCGGCCGCCUUCCGCCGCGCCCCCAACGCCACCACCGCCGCCGAGCCGCCCUGCGCCUUUGCUUUCGCCACCCCCGGACCCGGGUCCACGCCCCCACCCCCGCUGCCCGCCUUCCCCGAGGGUCCCGGAGCCGAGCCCUCCUGUUGCCCGCUGGCCUUCAGGGUGGACCCAUUCACCGACUAUGGUUCCUCGCUCACCGUCACGCUGCCGCCUGAGCUGCAGGCGCACCAGCCCUUCCAGGUCAUCCUGCGCUACACCUCGACCGACGCCCCUGCCAUCUGGUGGCUGGACCCCGAGCUGACCUACGGCAGUGCCAAGCCCUUCGUCUUCACCCAAGGCCACUCUGUCUGCAACCGUUCCUUCUUCCCCUGCUUUGACACACCCGCUGUCAAGUGUACCUACUCAGCUGUAGUCAAGGCCCCGUCGGGGGUGCAGGUGUUGAUGAGUGCCACAAAGAGCACCUACGUGGAGGAAGAGGGCGUCUACCACUUCCACAUGGAGCACCCCGUCCCCGCCUACCUCGUGGCCCUGGUGGCCGGGGACCUGCAGCCGGCAGACAUUGGGCCCAGGAGCCGUGUGUGGGCCGAACCGUGCCUCCUGUCCAUGGCCACCAGCAAGCUGUCAGGCGUGGUGGAGCAGUGGCUGAGUGCGGCCGAGCGGCUGUAUGGGCCGUAUAUGUGGGGCAGGUACGACAUCGUCUUCCUUCCCCCCUCCUUCCCCAUCGUGGCCAUGGAGAACCCCUGCCUCACCUUUGUCAUCUCCUCCAUCCUGGAGUGUGACGAGUUCCUGGUCAUCGAUGUCAUCCACGAGGUGGCCCACAGCUGGUUUGGCAAUGCCGUUACCAAUGCCACGUGGGAAGAGAUGUGGCUGAGCGAAGGCCUGGCCACCUAUGCCCAGCGCCGCAUCACCACCGAGACCUAUGGUGCUGCUUUCACCUGUCUGGAGACGGCCUUCCGCCUGGAUGCCCUGCACAGGCAGAUGAAACUCCUCGGAGAGGACAGCCCAGUCAGCAAGCUGCAAGUCAAGCUGGAGCCAGGGGUGAACCCCAGCCACCUGAUGAACCUGUUCACCUACGAGAAGGGCUACUGCUUCGUCUACUACCUGUCCCAGCUUUGUGGGGACCCCCAGCGCUUUGACGACUUCCUUCGAGCCUACGUGGAGAAGUACAAGUUCACCAGUGUGGUGGCCCAGGACCUUCUGGACUCCUUUCUGAGCUUCUUCCCAGAGCUGAAGGAGCAGAGUGUGGACUGCCGGGCAGGGCUGGAGUUUGAGCGCUGGCUCAAUGCCACGGGGCCGCCGCUGGCCGAGCCAGACCUGUCUCAGGGAUCCAGCCUAACCCGGCCCGUGGAGGCCCUCUUCCGGCUGUGGACCGCGGAGCCCCUGGAGCAGGCAGCUGCCUCAGCCAGCGCCAUCGACAUCUCCAAGUGGAGGACCUUCCAGACGGCACUCUUCCUGGACAGGCUGCUGGAUGGGUCCCCGCUGCCCCAGGAGGUGGUGAUGAGCCUGUCCAAGUGCUACUCCUCCCUGCUGGACUCCAUGAACGCUGAGAUCCGCAUCCGCUGGCUGCAGAUCGUAGUCCGAAACGACUACUACCCUGACCUCCACCGGGUCCGGCGCUUCCUCGAGAGCCAGAUGUCCCGCAUGUACACCAUCCCGCUGUAUGAGGACCUCUGCACUGGUGCCCUCAAGUCCUUUGCGCUGGAAGUCUUCUACCAGACACAGGGCCGGCUGCACCCCAACCUGCGCAGGACCAUCCAGCAGAUCCUGACCCAGGGCCUGGGUCCCAGCGCGGAGCCCAGUGCAGAGCAGGGUGGUGCUGGAGCAGAAGCCGAGGGGGACGUGGACACGCCUGCCCUGCUGCUCGGGGACGAGGCCCCCAGCAGCGCCAUUGCUCUCAGGGACGUCAACGUGUCUGCCUAGCCCAGACCUCCCAGACACCACAAUUGUGCCUUCUGUGGCCCAGGCCUGCCAUGACUGCAUAUCGGCUCUGGCCACGAGCUCUGCCUGGGCCCACACAUGCCCCUCCUGUGGCUUCUCCCAGGGACUUCCUCGUGGCCAGCCGAGGCCCGUGGACAUGGUCCCCCCAGCUCUCUUGCACUGCAGGCCCCAGAGCAGCCAGCACACGCCACGUCCUUCUGUCUCAACACUGACUGCCGGGUUCUGCCCCUGGGGUGACGGCCCCACAGUCCCAUAGCGACCACCACACUGUGCCUUAUGUCUGCCGGGAGGCCUGAGCUGCGCUGUCCCCACAGCAUGCCUCCCGCAGAGCCCUACACCCCGAACCUGGGGUGAGCAGCCUCGGUUGGCCCCUGGCAGAGGGUCGAGGAUGCAUACACGCCCUCAGUGUGGGGGCAGGGGACACUGAGGAGAGAAUGGACAUCCCUGGGGAAGGGCCCCUGGAAAGCCUUAGCCCCUCAGGGAACAGGGGGCCCCAGGCCCCAGGGGAUGUGGGACAGGAUGUCUAUCUCGUGGCUGCUGGGCUAGUGCAACUGUGCCCGGAGGGAAGGUAGCGGGUGGUGCUGGUGCUCUUUUUAGGCCCACCGUGCUGGGAGAGGCCUGGGGACCCCACGCUCCAAGCUGGGCCACCCAGAAGACCGCUGUGACAGGGUCGCCGUGAUAUCCCAUUAAACCUCCACUCUGAAAAUGA